GGCGGCGGCGGCGGCGGCUCCCGAGCAAGAUGGCGGCGCGAGUGCUGUGCGCGCGCGCGGCGGCCGGGGCCGGGGGCCUGCUGCGGGCCGCGCCCUGCGGGCUCCGGAAAUUGACCUCUUCUAACAACAGACCUCGAGAAGACAGUUGGUUGAAAUCCUUGUUUGUACGGAAAGUUGAUCCCAGAAAAGAUGCUCACUCUAACCUCCUGGCUAAAAAGGAAACCAGCAGCCUGUACAAACUACAGUUUCACAACGUUAAGCCAGAAUGCCUAGAAGCGUACAACAAGAUUUGCCAAGAGGUAUUACCAAAGAUUCACGAAGAUGCACACUACCCCUGCGCGCUGGUGGGCACCUGGAACACUUGGUACGGGGAGCAGGAUCAAGCUGUCCAUCUCUGGAGGUAUGAAGGCGGCUACCCAGCCCUCACGGAGGUCAUGAACAAACUCAGAGAAAAUCAGGAAUUCGUGAGCUUCCGGAAGGCGAGGAGUAACAUGCUGCUCUCCAGAAAGAACCAGCUGCUGCUGGAGUUCAGCUUCUGGAACGAGCCCAUCCCAAGGCCAGGGCCUAACAUCUAUGAGCUCAGGUCCUACCAGCUCCGGCCAGGAACCAUGAUCGAAUGGGGCAAUUACUGGGCUCGGGCCAUCCGUUUUAGACAAGACAGUAACGAGGCAGUGGGCGGGUUCUUCUCGCAGAUUGGGCAGCUGUACAUGGUGCACCACCUUUGGGCUUACAAGGAUCUUCAGACCAGGGAAGAUAUACGGAACGCAGCCUGGCACAAACAUGGCUGGGAAGAGCUGGUGUACUACACAGUCCCACUCAUUCAGGAAAUGGAAUCCAGAAUCAUGAUCCCACUGAAGACCUCACCCCUACAGUAGAGCAGAGAAUCCGUGUGCCUGCGCGAGUCUGGGGACAGGCAUGUCAUAGAUGAAUUGUGCAUCGACGAGAGAGAAACACGGAUGUGUAAGCUGCUGUACAUAGCUUCUGAGAGACCUCCUUACAACCCACAUCAUCUGUGAACGAGACACUGCCUCGGACUGGCUAGCAGGGCCAACCUCCCAUGUCUGUCAAACCACCUGGCAGUACUGGCCACCUGCCCCUCUCUCCAGCAGCCCAGUCCAGAUUAAAAUUUGAAUCAUAUCUGAAUAAGAUUCCACCCAUGAAAAACAUCCAGGCUUUGCUUUCUAAAUAGCAAAUCUGUUUUAUAAUUACAGAUUUUGACAAAUUUCUUGUAUCAGGAAGAAAUACAAAUUUUGUCACGUUCCUGGAGCAUUUUUUUCUGAGUCUCAAACUAGGAACAAAUUAUGAGUGUCCUAAACACCUGAAGCUAUUAGCUUACCUGCAUUUUUAAUCAGCAGAGUCAGCAGUGUAAGCACCGGGCUGUGGAAGCUGGGGUGCUUCAGUCAGUGGCUCAGGCUCCCAUAGGGUGCAGUGAUGUCUGCAGAGCGUGGCUUGACCUGUGUUGUGUGAACUUAAAAUGAACGCCUGGAAUAGCACUAAUUUUUAUUUGUAAUAUUUUUCUAUAAAACAAGCAGCACUUGGAAUAGAGGUUUUAUUUUGUGAACAAUCACUUAUGACCUGAGGCACUGGGUUGGUAUUUUAGUAAGCUCACAGAAGGUGAUCCCAAGGCCUUGCAGGAGGCCUGUUAGGUCUGAGUCAGCGUCCAGCUCACCCUUUGUCCUGCCUGUUGGGUUCAGUUGUUAAAGUAGUGUGCCAAUUUUGUGACUGUAAUCAUGUGAAAGACCUGUUGAACUGAAAAAUCAUGUCUUCCCCACAAAUUGAGGAAUUUAUGUGUAAAAUAAAGUGUGAAUAAAUCUCAUCAAAUGUCAAAGUUUUACAUGUGAAUGGUUUUCUCCAAGAACAUAUAAAAGUCAAUAAAAUCCUCUUAGUUUUCUCA